GCAAACGGGCCUUUCCGUGAUGUUUGCGAAGAAGCGUAAGGCGGAGGAGCCGCCGGAGUCGCCUGCGGACGACAGCGAUGAGUUUGAGCCGCUCCCGUUCAUCGGGAGGGCAUCAGUCGACGGGCUGUUGAAGGAGGCCGACGAGGCACUCGCCGCCAUCGAGCAGUCGGCCAAACAGAUGCGCAAGAAGCUGCGCGAACAACCCAAGACGAUUCGAGGGCUCGUGAUGAGCAAUGGUGGGGUGCCGAUGACGGGCCCGUUGAGUGAGGAGAUUGAGGUCAACGUGGGCGGGACGGUGCUGCGUGUGCCGCGCAAGCCGCUGCUGCUGCCCGGCGUGAGUGAGAGCAUCAUCGCCUACCUGCUGCAGUACCACCUGGAGGGGCUGCCGAAGGACAAGGACGGCCGGCCAUUCCUCGACGUCGAUCCAGUCUACCUGAAGUGGUCAGCCAACCAGCAGAGAGAGGGGGGGAGGGAGGGCACACCAAGCUCACAUAGAAUGCAUGCUGUUGUUUGGCAUUGUCAGGUUCCGUGACGAGAUCGCCAACGUCGGUGCUGCUGAUGCCCAGGGCGAGAGCUACGAGAUCAAGCUGACGGGUGACCACAGCACCGACGUGUCAUUCGCCUUUUGGCAUGAGCUCCUCUUCACUUCCAAGAGCGGCAUCGACAUCGACAUGCCCACAAAUCCGCCCCCACACAACGACGAUAACGACCAAAUGCAGGUGGACAACCAGCAGCAGCAGGCGGGGGAGUCGGCAAGUGAGGAAGAGGGGGAGCCGGCAGGGGAGCCGGCAGGGGAGCAGGAGGGGGGUAGCGACCACAUGGCGACACUCAAGAGCAGCAUGGCGGGGACGGAUGCGUCAGUAGGGCGCCUGGGCGAGGUGCAGCGCGGCCUGGUGAACUUCCACAAGCUCGUCAAGCCGCUGCUGGCGAUGAAGGAGGGGGACAGGGAGGGGAGGGAGAGAUCAAGAGCGUGUGCGUCCUGGGUGAGACGGUUUCGACCACCGAGGCCACACUGGCGCGUGUUGGCCGCGACAAACGACUCUACACGACGUUCCACAGGUGGGUCACACAACACCGAACAGAUGGACGGGAGAGGCACAAUCGCCAUGUCUGUUUCCUUCUCUUGUGUCUGCAGUGGUGCGCCUGUGAGUUCCAUCUCGCCUUCGCAUCUCAUGAAGGUCACCGACUUCGCCCGCAGACAGCGCAUUGCAGUCAUCGCACCGCCCGGCACUCUGGUGAGGCCGCCGACGGCCCCCAACGCCAAGCAGAUUCGAACGGACACUGAGAUGUAUGGUCUCAAGUACGAGCCCUUCUUCAGCGGCGUGGCGGGGGGCGACUUCGUCAUCGAGACCGACGACGAGAUGGCGGAGCUGCUCAACAUGACCGGCAAGACCUCACCAAUGCCGUCACUCAUGUACAAGUGAGCGAGCCACACACAGUCAGACAGCAGCGAGAGGGUCCCUGGAAGAUCUGCCUUCGGAUGUCUGUGUGUCUGUUGUGUGUGGUCCAUCAGGGGCAGUCGCGACACGUAUGCCUUCCUCAAGAUGCUCGAGUGCGUCCAGGGCAAGAGCGGCCUGCUCUUCGCCAUCAAGCAGGGCGACACACACCGAUUCGGAUGCUUCAUCGACGGCCCUCUCGACCCGCCCAAGGACCCACACAGACCAACACAUACAAGGCGCCCGUCUUCUUCUUUUCGCUGUCGGGCACGUACGAUGCGCCGACCAAGAUCGAGCUGUCGGAGGACAGGCAGCGGGUGUGGGUGGCCGGCACCCAGGGCGCGGUGACCGACACCGAGGACAAGCCGCUCGCCAAUGUGGGCAUCGGUGGCGGUGCAGCAGCUCUGUGGCUUGGGUUGGACGAGCCUGGUCCGGCGGCCGACCUCAGCAGCUGCCAGCAGUGGAUCAAGAGGGAUGAGCUGUCGGAGGGAUACACGGGGACGAUCAAUCACCAUGACCAGGGGACUUUGGCGAAGUCCAUGGACUUCACGUGCGAUGAGAUGGAAAUCUGGCAGGUGGGUGGCCGUCACCACACCCUCAUCUGUGGGGAAGUGUCGAGCUGCGUGUCUGUGGCUGGAUGGAUGGACGUGCAGAUUGCCACCGGCUGACCAUACCUAACGUCGACCCACCACGAGAGCGUGCAGCAGGUAUGCAAAACAGCAAGGCACUCGUGACUGACAGUGAUACCCUCACUGUUUCCUGUGUGUCUGUGGUGGUGUGGUGCAGUUGGUGGAUGUGUUGAGGUGAUCGCACAGAGCAGAGUAGAGGCCCCAGAUGUCGUGUGCCACACAGUGACGGACUGACUGUAUUUGCCUGCCUGUCUACGUCGCAUGAGCUGACGACCCAUUCAUUCGUUCAUUCGUGCCGUGUCAUGAUGGCAUAAAUGUCUGUCUGUCUGUCUAUCUGGCCAUCAACCCAUGUGCAGCCAUCCAACUAUCCACCCCUCGACUCAUUGAUUUGUGGACGGUGUGGCGUGUCACACGUGCAUGCAUGCAAUGAUGGUUGACCUGUACACACACAUGAGG